AUGGCGAUAUGGCUAACAGCCUUGAUAUCUGUAUUAUUUGUUGUCAUCCAUUUCGCAGGAGUAACUUGGGCGGCUAAUGCAGCCCGUAACAGGGAAAUAACUGCAAACUCAACUUGUGGUUCGCCGCCAGAAAUUUUUUACAGUGUUGUGGAAAGAAAAAAAUCACCCAGAUACAGGAUCAAGUCUUAUUGCAAUGCAACCGAUUCCAUCCUAUCGCACAACGCCUCGAAGAUGGUGGAUGGAAAAUAUGAAACGUGGUGGCAGUCAUCGGCCUCUAUUGAUAAAGUAUCUAUCACAAUUGAUUUGCGGGGAGAAUAUCAGAAGGUACGAUAUGAGUUUAGGAAGUUAAUUUACGCCGAUAUUGAUCGGUUGCCAUAGAGCGAUCGAGAGCUAGAAUCGUAAUUUGCCGCUAAGCACGUUUGGCUUCUUCACUCGAUCAUUUCGUUGUAGAAUUCGCGUUCGAUUGAAUGUUUGUUAGAGAGAAGUUCAUUUUCGCGAAUCAUGACAAAUUUAGUUUGGCGUAUUGGUCUUUCGCCUUGAUUCUGACACAUACCGUUAAAUUCAAUUUAAAUUCCACUGUUACUAAAGGUUGUAGCCGGAAAACUCUCGCUUGUGGCUUUUGCAGUUAGCUGCAAUAGUCGCUAAUUUGUUAAUUUUUAUGUUCCUUUUUUUGUAUCGAGUUUAUGGUUUAAUGAGUCUAUUUACCUUACUAACUGCUGUGCUUCUUAUUGGAUCCUGUUUUGUAUACGCUAAUGUUAAAUUACAAUUUUAAAUAUUAAGAGAUCCGAUCCAUAAUAUCUGGGGUUCUGAAGAUAGAGUAUACGUUAUCUUCACAUUGAUUCGAUGCACAAAAAGAAAGGGAAAAAAAAGAAGAAAAUCGAUUGGCUUAAUAUAAUACUGUUGUUGUUAGCAGCGGUCGAUGUUAACAGACAAACAUUGAUAGUAUCAAACUGAGUUAUUAUUUAAUUAAUGAGGAAAAUGUUUUUGUCGUUCAUUUUUGUUACAUUUGAUAUUAUUGUACUGAUACCUAUCCCUAAAAUUUGUAUUUUUGGAUGAUGUUUCUUUUUACUGUCAAUGAAAAGAACACAACGAGUACUUCAGGACGCUGGACGUCGGAUUUGUUUAGUCCCUCUCUAAGUAUAGCAUAUUGUGCAACUUCUUUACUUUACCUUCUUUUUGAAAGUGUUUUCUACAUCUCUCAAAAAGAACCCGAUGGAUUAGGAAGUCCUGGAAUUUUGUUAAUUAGAAAGCAUAAAAUAUAUUUCUGUUUUUUGAUAUCUAGAUAAUCUCAUGAAUGAAAUAACAUUCAAUUAACCAUUCUGCAAUCAUUUUGAUCUGAAAUACAUUUUGAAGUAUGGCAUAUAUAGAUCAAUGUUUUACUAUUGGUAAGACAGCUGCUAAGAUCAUACAAUAACCCCACAAAUGUGGGUUGUUGGUCUCAUCUCCAACCUGGAUCCUUGAAUGUCAAAAAUUUUUGAAAAAAGAGUGAAGUUUCAAACUUCAAUCUUUAAGGCAAGGGUGGCCACUAGACUUGUUUGUUGAUUUCUUUUUGUGAUUUUUUCUCAAUAUCAGUAUUACUACGUCAACAAGUUGGUGAUAACAUUUGGAGAAUACUACCGACCAGGUCAACUUGUCUUCUAUAAGUCCAGUGAUUAUGGUCAGAGUUAUCAACCCUGGCAUUAUUUUGUUUCAACUGCUGAUGAAUGUCAAGAAAAGUUCAACAGACCUCUUCAGUCUAAUCCUGUCAGAGUAGACCAAGUCCUCUGCACUGUUUAUCCGACUGAAUCUAAGGAUAUCAAUGAUGUUGUAAGUAAUCUAUGAUUUAAGUUAACAUUUUAUCGCAGGCAAUUUUUGAUACUUGAUCACAGAGACCCUUUACACAUUUACUUCAAAUGCUUUGAUGUUUUGGCUGAGGUCAAUGAAUUGGCCAUCUAGCUCUCGCUUAUCAUUCCCUUAUUUCCUCAUUCCAUGGUAUCAUGGGGAAAACAUGGUAAGCGGUUUAGAACAUCUCCAUGCAGGGAACAGUGCUCAAGUACUACCCCUGGAGAUAGUGCUCAUACUCAGCAAUGGUGCUCAGAUUAUUAUACUCGGUCAUCAACCUAAAGCAGUGGUCAGACUUAAGUGCUACAACUGUAUUCUCAAGUAGGUGAACAGCCACAUAGUCUGAAGAUGGCCCGAGACUCAUCAUAAUCUCAGUCUGUUUGUCCAAAGAUUGUGUUACAUUGCCCUUAAUUAUGUCUACGUACUGUAAGGCAUUCCUGCAACAUUGGAUUUAAUGUCACCUUAAAAUAAAAAUGGUAACAUUGAAAAUUAUCAGUGUUAAUGUCCUCUGUACCUCAGUACUCAGCUAUGUUGUGCAGGUAAGGACCAAUCAAAUUUACUGGUAGAAUUAUUAAAUGCAUUGUAUUACAUACAAUCUGGUGAUACUUAGUUGAACAGCAUCUUUUCCAUUAAACUAAUUGUGAUGUUUUCAUCCUGUCAGGUGUCUUUAUUUGUUGUUGGACCAAGAGGAGAUGUCGAUAAUCCUUCAGAUAAACUGCUGGUUUGUUAACUGAUGAUGCAUUGAAUUGUUAUUCUACUGUUUUUUAGUUAAAUUUUGUCAAAACAUCACUGUAAAACUCUUAAAGUAUACCAGAGCUACAGCCGGAGAAAAAAUAUUUACAUAUGCAAAUUAACAUACAUUUUAAGUCAGUCAAGUGCUAGAAUUUGUGAAUUAUGUUUUCUUGUUCCUUAUACUAUUCCCCACAGUGGGAGAGCCAGUGACUUUAUGGUUAGUGUGUAGGACUCCUGCAUGAUAGGUCUGGGCUCUAGAUAUGACCAGGUCAUUGUGUUGUGUUCUUGAGGAAAACAAUUUACUCUCAUGGUGCCUCUCUCUACCCUGGAGUGUAAUUGAUUGAGCACUGAAAAAUUGUCAGGGAAGCCUGAUGAAAUACUGGAGGGUAGCCUCAUGUUGGACUGGCAUCCCGUGGGGGGAGUAUUAAUGCUUGUAGUUGCUUCAUGCUAUGGAAACUGGAAUAAGCUUCAGCUGAAUGGGUCAUUUGACUCAUGUACAGACUUAACCUUUCACCAUACCCCACAAGAAGUGAACAUGCAAAUAGCAGUUUAAGAGUAAGAGUUCCUGUGAGCAUAUCUAUCCAUCUAUUGUAGCCCAUUGCUCCUUCUGAGGCAAUAAGGCCAUCAACAAUAGUCUGCCAGAGACCUCUGUUCUGGGCCAUCUUUUCUAAUUGAUAUCCAUGAUAUCAGCCUUCAGUGCUUCUGCUAGUAUUCCGUCAGAUCCUGAAGCCUUUCUAUUUCUCAGAAGCUAAAUGGCCAUCUUAAUCUCUUCUUUAAUUGGCUUUCUGCAGUCUAUAGGGAGGUUUUCUUCUGCUGGCUGAAUGUCUGGAGGCUUUACUGGACUUGGUCUGUUGAGCAGCUCCUCAAAAUAUUCUAUAGCAGUGGUGUUUUUCAAGGGUGGGGUUGCUGACCCCACGCCUAACCCUCCUCCUUUACAUAGGCUUGGGACCAGCAAGUAGCUCAAAAUAACCACUAGGUGGAGUUAAAAGUUUGUUUUAAUGGUGUCUACAUUUUUCAUUUGUCAAAAACUCAGUUUAUAAUAUGUAGGAGAAUCACUUGCUAUAGUAGUUUGGAGCUGUGAGGGUAAUAGAUGCAUAAAUCAGAAGAAUUCAUUUGAUCACUUAAUAUGUAUACUAUGAUUAUGAAAUACUUUUUAAUAUAGUGCUUUUUGAUAGGGAAAAGUAAUGUUAUUCAAUAUAAUAAUUGUUUGAUGUAGGAAUGGAUGAAUGUCACCAAUGUGCGCUUGCAGUUUAUGUCACUUUUUCGCAUUUUUGAUCCACUGGCUGUCAAAUGGGUAUGAAUAAAAAUUGAUGCAUGUUAUUUAUUAAUUCAAUUGAUUUUGCUGCUCUUUUCUAAUAAUAUUGUAAAUAACACAUAAUUCUUGGCACCUGCCAGUGUGUUAGAGAUUUGUGGGUGCAAUGGUCAGUACCUUGGUCACGACAAGGAGAAGUCAAAGUUCAAAGCAUGGCCAGGUCAUCAUGUCACAUUCUUGGGCAAGACACUUUACUUCCUUAACUCUCCCAAAGUGUAUGGGAAAAUUAGACUUAUUAAUCCUUUUACUUAUAGGAGUGACUGACUUCAGAUAAAGGAAACUAUCACCUACUUAGGAGGCUCCUGAUUGCCAAAAAAUUCUCCUUGUCACUUCUGUGGGAUAUGUUUAAAGAGUAGUGUGGAGAAUACAAAAUAAUGCCUAUUUUAGGGAAAAGGUUAAAAUGCAGAUUUUCCCAAACAGAAUGACCCACUUGGCUCAUGUGUAGACCUAAACCUUCAGUUAUUUAUUUUUUCAAGCAAUUUUUAAUUUUUUUUCCAUAUCCUUUUACCUUUUGUCAAAACCUGAUAUAAAAAAAAAAAGAAUCAAAAUGCUUUCAAGACUAAAGAAAUUGAAUAUUUGAACCAUUACAUAUUCAAUUUGUUUCAAUCACUUCAUAUUUCUUAUUCUGUUAGUUUUGAAGUUUUUUGUGAUAGCAUGAACAUUGAGAAAAUAAUUAAAAUUACUUCAGAGCGAAUGUUAAAUUGUGGAAUGACACGGGCAAUUAAAGAAGUUGUCUCAAAUUAACUCCUGUUUUUGUUAUUAAUUUUAUACCAUAGCAUCACUAUGCUGUAAGAGAAGUUGAGGUAGAUGCCUACUGUGUAUGCAAUGGACAAGGAAAUGGAAUAGAUUGUAAAUUCAAUGAUACACUGGGUGAAAAUGAGUGUGUUUGUCAAGAGGGAGCAUGUGGUAUUGAUUGUGGAAGAUGCUGUCCCGCCUACAAUCAGUAUCCAUGGAAACCAGGAAACAGGGGCCCUCUUGUAGCUGAUAAGGAUGCCGCAUGCCAACGUAAGUUACUGAGGAAGUUGAUCCCAUUAACUCUGUUUACUAGGUAAUGAUUGUACAUUUUUCUUUCGCUAUUGAUCCCUUUCAACUAAAUUUAACUAACUUGUAACUGUGUAUGAAAAUUUAGAGAGGUGAUUCUUAAAUUUUAGAACUGAUUAACAAAAACUAUAUUGUAACAUAGCUAGUAAAUUUGUCUGAUCAAAUUCAAUUGUGUGAGCGUGCUUCAUAUUCCUAUUGUGCAUGCUCAUGACAUCAGCAAACAAAUCCCUUGAGAAAAAAAAUUUUCCAUUGGGUUGAAAAUGCUAUUAAACAAUUGGUUCAUAUGUCAGCUGUGUGUUCAUUGAGAUAUGAAGCACUUGGGAAGUUUGGAGAGCACUCAAGAAGCUAGAGUUGCUCUUGGUUACGCCUUGAGUAACUCUCACGUAUCUUUCAUGCUCUCCAAACUUCCCUUGUGCUUCAUAUCUCGAUGAACACACGCUGACGCAUGCACCAAUUGUUAAUUACAAUAGCAAGAUUUUAUUACUCUCCUCAAUUUUUGUUCUUUCUUUAUUUGAUAUAGUUUGCAACUGUCAUAACCAUAGUGCAGUGUGUGUUUACAACGAGACAGUAGCUCAGAUGAAGAAGAGUUUAAACAUCCAUGGGAAUUAUUCUGGUGGAGGUGUCUGUCAAAAUUGUCAGGUAAUCCUUGUUUUACCUAUGAUUUCCUUACCAUGUACUGCUUCAUGUUAGUCUUGUGAAAAAAUUUAUUUGAAUUUGUAACAAAAUACAGGCUGUAUAGGCAGCACACAAAAGCUAGCCAGAGUUGGUGUGUUUGCAAAGCUGCAAGAGUGAUGGCAACCAGUGACUUACACCUCAUACCAACGAAUAUUUUAUUCUUUGUUGCAACACUGUUCAAUGAAUAUGUCACAAUUGAUUUUGUGAAUUAUUGUUGCAUUCUUGUAGGACAAUACUGAAGGGAUUAACUGUGAAGUGUGCAAGCCAUUUUUUUACAGACCAAGAAAUAAAUUGCAGUGGGACAAAGAUGCUUGUCGAGGUACUACAUUAGUUUUCCCUUUUGUUUUUAAAACUGAUUUUGUUAACGUCUCUGUUACAUGUCCAAAACUGAAUAUUUAAUGCAUGGCAAUCUCCAAAUAGGUACAUAAUACAUAAUAUGUAUGUAAACUAUACAAAGGUUUGUGCGAUAUUAUGGUAAUGUUGGUGCAAUGAAGCAUGUGAUACAUAGUUGUGUAAACCCAGAGGUUUCAUUAAGGUUUACAGCAGGCCUUUCUCUAUCUCUCUAAGCUAAUAUGCGGAGUUAUGCUUUCCAGGAAAGUUUUGAAAUUGGUCAACUACAGAUAUGUAUUCUUGCACAUUUGGAGCAGAAACUUACCCGUUGCCAAAAAGGUUUUGAAUUUGUUUUCAAAUGCAAAUACAGAAUCCUUUACUCAUUAAAUUUCUGCAUUUAAUAAGUUCAAAUAUUUUUUAAGAAAAAUAUGACAUAGUAACUUAUAUUUAAUUAUUUUGAAUGCAAUUUUGAAAGCAGCUGUGCAAAGUCAUUUUCACCACCAGUCAAUUUACCUGGUGCCUGGCCCUAACUGAAACACAGGACUUUGUAUAAUAUUGUUAAAACUUAUAAACUGAGGAUUUCUACUGACAGUAAAAUAUGUAGUAUAUGUACAAUUGAUAUUAUUUGAUUUAAUAGUUGUUAUGAUAAGUGAUGAAAACAAUUAUAUUUGUCAAAGGUCUUUUAUUUUAUAUGCUGUUAUUGGAUCUUUGUUUGGAUAUAUAUUUGGAUUUUUUUUCUCCAAGUGUUGCUUCUUUUAAUAAUUUUAUGGUUGAAAAGUUGAUGUGUUGCUUUUCUCCUGGCAGCAUGUAACUGCAGCGUGGCAGGAACAAAAAAUGCAACCCUCCCUGGAGUGCUGUAUCUUGAUUGUUUGAGAGAUGAGAAUACAGUUCCUCUUCGUCCGGGAAUGGUAAGUGCAUUGUCAGUAUCAAUAUAUAACUGCUUAACCAUGACCUGGGUAGGAGAUAUAGCAGUAUAUUAUGAAAACUCAGUUCUGAAUUCAGAUUGAAAAAAAAUAGAGAUUAGGUUAGGACUUCUAUUGUGUUCUUACUAGACUGCAAGCAGUUCCUCCUUUUUGACAAAGUGGUUCAUUGCAAUUUUGGAAAUGUGUGACAGGCUAGCCUGUUUAUCUAAAGUAGGUCCAUGGUGACAUUAACAUACUGUUGAUACCAACACUACAUUUGUAAUUUUUCUUCAGGAACCUGGUAGCUGUGUCUGCAAAAACAACACUUUUGGAAGACAGUGUGACCAAUGCAAACCUGGAUUUUUUAAUUUAUCUACAGAAAAUCCUACUGGUUGCCAAGGCAAGGCAGUAAUUUUUUUUCAAAAAUUUUCAUUAAUAGUAAUUCAUUUAGGGUUGUCCAAUCUUGUUUAAGUGCUUUUAAAGGACUGUUUAUGUAAACUUCUGUGCUCCAACUGUAUCAAAGGAUAUUGCAAUUGUAACUGUCAAAUGAGAUGUGAUUUCUUCAUCUGUCACCAUUUUGUGUAAAAACCUUGUUCAUAACAAGUUUGGAAUCAGCAUGUAGCCAAAAAAUUGAAAAAAAAAUGAAAAAUUAAACUUGGUUAUAAGGUGUGUGUACCAAUGAGAUUGUUUAUUUUGUUUGUUUUGUAGAAUGUAUGUGUCACACCCCUGGUACAGUAAAUGGUUCCAAUGUUUGUGAGCCAGGUGCAAGUGGCCAUUGCACUUGCAAGAAAAAUGUGGAAGGAAAGCAUUGUAUGCAUUGCAAAGAUACAUACUAUGACCUGCACAAGGAUAACGUCUAUGGAUGUACAGGUGAUUAAUAAAUUGCAUUCAUCGUUAACUAUUGGAUUUGAUUUAAAUUAAUUUAUAGUUUGUUUAAUGUUUACUCUGAGAAUUUUGUCAGCUCUUAUUUUCAAUGACUGUGUAUGGAAAAAACUUUGCAACUGUUGAUAAUUUAAUAAUAAAUUGAUAAUAACAAUUGAUAAUUUUUGCAACAAUUUUACAAUGGAAAUAAAGGGGGGCUAAGUCUUUUAAAUUUCUAUACUCACAAUGUUGAUCAAUAUCUUUAUGACAUAACAGUUAUUACAAGGCUGAUAAUUUUGAUGAAUCAUAAUUGUCAUUCAGUGUUAUCAGUUGCUGGUAAUUUUUACUGAUUUCUUUUUAUUUGUUGGUUUGUGGGUAGAAUGUGAUUGUGAUAUUGGUGGAUCUUAUGGACCUGUGUGCAACAAGGCAUCUGGCCAGUGUAAAUGCAAAGCUAAUGUUACUCAGCGACAAUGCAACAGGUUUGGAAAAAUUACUGUUCUGAAGAAGAUAGAGAUGCUUUGUUUUUUUUUGUUUUGUUUUGUUUUUUUUUGUCAAGAAAGAUUAAAAUAAAAAAUAAAAAUGUUAUUCACCAGCCUAGGUUGGUCUGUAUGCCUUGAUCAUUAUCCAAGACCUCAGGCACAGUUUUUCCCAAUACAGACCUCCCACCUCAUGAAUCACACACACACACACACACACACAUAUAUAUUUUGUUCAUAUGAAAAGCUUUAGAAUAAAGCUGACCUUCAAUGCUAUCACUGUAUAUGCUCAACGAAAUUAGUAAGUGAUCAGGUCAAUACCUGUCAACAAAUACUGUACACUCAGGUAAUUAAGUUCUCUUUUUCUUUUUCUUUCAGUCCUAAGGAUGAAUUUUAUUUUCCAACCCUGCAUUUUAUCAGAAGUCAUGGAUAUCAUAUUUCUGCCUCUCAAGAGGUAUUUAUGUUUUUAAUCAUUUAUAUUGUAUACAGUAUUCACAAAAUGCCUCUAAAGAGAAAAAAAAUGGUAUGGAUUAAGCCAUCAUUGCAUUGGAGUGUAAGAUACUAGGUGAAACCUUUGGCUACAACUUUAUUUGUCUGGUAUGAUUGUUGUUAAUAUUACUAAGGUAGUAAUGAAAGUUUAAAAUAUUACCUAAUCCUUCCUUGUUAAUCUUCUGCGGAUUGAGCAACAACACUUUUUACCACCAAGAGCAAAACAUUUGCUUAACUGCAAAAUAAAAAGAGUUUCUCUGAUGAGAGCAAAGUAACAUGAAAAUGCAAUUUUAAGUUAAAACUGUUUUUACUAUCUGUUUGUUCUAGGGCAACAAGACGUGGUCAGCAUCAGUGGAUAUCGUUCAAGGAGUGAACUCCACUGGUAUAUUUACCCUCAUCUUCUCUUACACCAGCGCAGUAAGAGUUACUGUUAUGAUAAGUGUGGAAUCUACCAUAGUUGCAGUCUCUCUGGACAGCUGUGCCCAGAAAUGUUAUCAAAAUCUGUCUGCAGUACUUGGAGAAAGGUCUCUGUCUGGUACUCUAGUGGUCAACGUCACUUAUCCUGCAUCAGUGGUUGAUUUUAAACCCCUUGAAGUUGUAGCUAUCCCCCAAGAAUUCUACCAAGCAACAUUAUUAAUCAAUUCAACGGGACCAGAAUUCUUGGCAAAUUGCUCUGUGUUAGAUAACAACAUGGGAGAUGGAGUUGUCAAGGAGUUCUGCCUUGCACAAGUUUUCUCUCUUACGGUAGACUACCUUGGAGGAGCUUUGGGUAUGUUUGUUUCCAUUUUUCAAGCAAUGUUAAAUUGCUUAUUGAAAGUAGGCCAAUAUUUUGCACUGAUUUUGCAAAAAUUUAGAAUUAUUAAUGAUUGCAUCCAACCAAAGCUGUAGACAGUCAAAAGAUCCUGACCAGAUCUAGAGUUGUAUACUUUUAGCUAAUUAAGAGGAAGGGUUAAAAAAAAAAAAAAUUCUUCCCAAGAAUGUGACAUUUCUGGCUUAAACAAAAUACAGUGACAGUCAUGAAAAUGCUUCAGCUCUGUUAAAAGAAAAAAGUAACCAAUAAAAUGCUCCUUUCUGUUCAGAACACAAAAUGGUAGCUACACACACGUUUAACCUGUGCAUGAUCUCCAGAAUUACAAGACAUAACCAAAUUAAAAUCAUACAUUGCUACCUAGCAAACCAAAUGAAUGCAUUACCCUGCAAUAUGGCAAGGUUUAAAUUUUACUUUGUCUAAUGUUUUUCAAUCGAGUAAAUUUAUUUCUUAACUUUUUAAACCAAGGAAUAAUUUGAAACUUAUCAUGUACAUUUUACAGUAAACAAGUUUGCCCUAUAGAUGCAGUUUAAGGAUUCAUUAGUCAGCUUGUAUUUGUCUAUCUGGUUAAUUGUGAACUGAGGCAGAAAAAGCAACUGUUUGUUUUUUUUUUUUAGUCUUGCUAAAGCGUUACUAACUUGCUCUAUUUGCAUGUUACUUUCCAGCAUGCAAUUGCAGCAUGACAGGCUCGGUAAAUAGCACCUGUCAAAAGUAUGGUGGCCAGUGUCACUGUAAACCAGGUGUUACUGGAAGGACCUGUGAUCAGUGUAUGGCAGGAUUCUACAAUUUCACCUCCAGGGGAUGUUCAGGUAAUUAGGUGCACUUUUUUUUAAACGACUUAGUUAUUGUUGCAUUUGCCCAAAAGUCUGGCCCUGGUUGUGUGAAGGUUGGAUAGUGCUAUCCACUGAAUAACUCUCUAUCCGCUGGAUAGUGUAAUACCUUAUGCUAUCACUUAUCCACUGGAUGACGAUUUAUCCGUUGGAUUAAGUUAUCCUACCUUUAUGCAACUGGGCCCUGAUGAAUAACAUUAGGGUGUAGUUUCAACAGAAAUAAUGCUUGAAAUUAAGGGUUAAAUUGCUUUUUGAUAGAACAUUGAACUCUUGUGGUUUGCAUGAAAAGACCAGGUAAUAUAGAAAGAAGAAUCUAGCAGUAUAUCAGGACACUUUUGGUCCUUGUCCCAUGUGGAUGUGUGUAUACUGUGCUGUACUUAGUUCCUUUUCACUCAGAUGAUGUGCAGUAUGUGAAGGUUUUUUCUUUGUAGAAUAAAGUAUAUGUUUAAGAUUGAUUACCACCAGAAAUAAUACCUUAAAGAAUAUGCAAUCUCCUCCUCUUUUUUCUUCUAGCUUGUGGUUGUGUUGGAGAGGAUAAAAUUUGUGAUGCUGAGUCUGGCCAGUGCACCUGUCCUCCUAACAUUGUUGGUCGCACAUGCAAUCAGUGUAAUUACACAUUUUGGGGAUGGAAUGAAACAGUUGGUUGUGAGGUAAUUUUUUUUACAUGCUUCCCCUUGGAUGAAACAUUGAACUAAAUUUCUGGCUCUCUGGAAAGGUACCCAAAAUUUUCAAAGUAACUUUCUUGCAUAAACUUGUCUUUUAGGCUUGUAACUGCAGCUCAGUUGGAUCUAUGAAUUUGCAGUGUAACCUUACCACAGGGAUUUGCAGGUAGAAGAUGUAAAAUAAUAGUACAUAAUUUCAUAUUUUCUUUUCUGAGUAUAAAAACACAUUUGACUGUAUUGUGCAAAUGUUUUAUAACAUGCAGCUGAUCGUGUACCAAUACAACCCAUUUGUUUGAUUGAGCUCCUUAUAAUGUCUUUAGGAGUGCUCCCAUCAAUUUUCACCUUAAACCCCAGUGUCAGUUUUAAUUAGCUUUCUCGUGAUAAUUGGUGUCAGUUAGUAUGUGUGCUUUGAUAUAUCAAUGUAGCAGGCCAUUUUUUACUACAUAUGGUCUGCUAAAUUCAAAGAUUUGUUUGAAUGGAAAUCUUCCUCCUCUUCUUGAACCUAGGGAUAUAAUAAAAAUUUGCUACCUUGUUUUUUUGGUUCAUAUUGUAAGUUAUAGCACCUUGUUUUUGCCACUCAUAUUUAUGGCUUGCACACUUUGUACUUGGGCCAUAAAUCUGUGCAUAAAAAAAGACUUGGAUACAUAGCUUACAGUAUGGGGCUCAAACUCAGUUAGUGUGAGUUAUUUACCAAUAUAUUUUUCUGUUGUAACUCAUUAUAGCUGUAAGCCUGGUGUACAAGGUGAGAAGUGUACUGAGUGCAUGAAUGGCUACAAAAAUUUCUCCACCUCUGGUUGUUCUCCAUGUAACUGUAAUGGAAAUGGAAGUUUGAGUGAAGUGUGUGACAAAGUCUCCCAGCAGUGUCCUUGCAAGGUUAGGGCAGUGUAAAUUUAAUUUACCUCAGUGAAGAAAUACAUUUAUGUUUACUUAACUUAAUAUACAUUCAAGUGUAAAUCCUACAGGCUAUUGCUGUGUUUACUGUAUAAAGAAAAGUUAUCAGCUCAAACAACACAGCGAUAUUUAGUGCAGAAGCCUUUUGAAUAAGCUGGGCUAUGCACUGUCAAAGAAACUAAAAAUUUUUCUGUUAGAUGUAGUUUUAAGAUGGCAGUCACUUGACACCAAAACAUCUCCAAGUAAUUGCCAAUACAGUAGUGAUCAAAAUGGUCUCUGGGUAAAUUACACCUGAUACAUAAAGGAAAACAAUGAAUGGUGAACAGAAACCCAAUGCAACAACUUUAAACUCAUCUAGAGUAAUCUGUGUUUAUACAUUUCCUGAUAACUCAGUGAUUCAUUUUGAUUAAUUUUCUCCAGAACAACUCGGCUGGUUUGCUUUGUGACAGAUGUAAGAAUGGGUAUUUCUACUUGACAAGCAGUAACCCUGAAGGAUGUACAAAUUGUGUGUGUAUGGGAAUCAGUACCAACUGCAGCAGUACAAGACAUUACAGAAAAAAGGUGAAAGAAAGACACUGAUUAUGAUUGUCAAUGAUGUUAGCAAAUCAUCUCACUGCAUUGCCCUUGUAAAUCAUUGUGUACUUUGAUGUUGACUUGUUACAAAGUGUUUAAAGCCUGAGCUAUGGAUGGUGUGUAAUAUAAUUCAACUCCCAUCUUUUUUAUAUAAUGGGAUCAUGCCAUCAGUGCAAAUGACGAGAGAGUAUUACUGACUAGCAAUGUUUAAUCAAUGAAAGUUUUGAAGGAAUCAUAUUUAUUGUUGAACUAUUUGGUAACUCUGCCACUUCUUAGAAUCAUUCUGACAGCAUGGUAAACGUGAUAUUUUCCUGGUCAUAAAUUUUGCCUUGUAGAAAUGUGAUGCAUGGAAUUGUUUGAUAAGUACCUAAUUUUGCAAGGAAUAUCCAAAAGAACUUACAAUGUAUGGUAAAUGUUUAACUAUGACUGAAAGUUGUUGUUAACUGCUUUAGAAUCAAGUUGACCUGAAUGUUUGGAAAUUGGGAUCAUAUACUGACAACCAGAACUACAUAGAAGUCUCUCAAAUCUCUGUAAUGGUAAGAAAGUGUUUGUUCAAAAAAGCGUUUUUACUAUUUGGAUGUGCAAAUUAAGAUGUGGAUGCAUGGUUGAGUGAUGUUAUUUUGAAAUUCUAUUUGGGAAUAGACUGCAAGUAUUUUGUGAUGCCAUAUUCAUGUAUUCAUCUCUCGUGUGGAAGGAGUUACUUAAGCCCUAGAAAUAACCAAUGUUUCCCUUUUAGCUUUUUCAAAGUAUCUUUCAAAAUUAGUUUAAAUAGCAGAAUUAGAAUCUCCUACAUUGAAAUCUAUAUUUUUGUUAGGAUGACAGUGUCCCAGUAACCAUGAUUGCAGCAAAUGUGUCAACUAAUAAAACGCUCUAUUGGAAAGCAAGUGCUAACUUCACUGAUCACAGUCUGGUGAGAACACUAGUGCUGAGUUAUGUUGUAUUCAGUUAGAGAAUAUAUAGUCAUGAAACCUUUAGUCAUGUAAAUGUAGACUAUGAAUGAUUUCUGUAGUUUUAAUUACACUUAACAAGCAGAUAAAGUUGAGAGGAAUAUGGUGUUAACUAAGUUUCAAGUUUUGCAGUUUAUUGGCAUUAUGAUUUCACAACUGAAUGAGUACAUUGGGAAAGCCUUAAUGAUAACUGGAAAUGCUCCUUUACUAUCAGAUAUAACAUACAACCCUGGGUCAUCAAACAAAUGCUUGUGAAGUAAAUAAAGACAAAACUGAGGCAUUUUUUCUAAGAAUGAACUGAAUUCCUAGUCUGAGGAAGGAACCCUUUCAAGUCAAAUUACAGUUUACUGAACAUCAGAUAUGAGUGGAAUAUGCCCAUCAGUGCAAGUGAAUGAUAGUAAUGUUGUAAUUUUUUGUCCUUAGAUUGGAGCUUAUGGAGGAAAUAUGAGUUUUAAACUUUUCUUCAAGCCACUGGUGAAUGGGACUCUGGCUGUGUCACAGCCAAAAGUUAUCUUGAAGGUGAAUUAUGAAUAAUUUUUGUUGUGUGAUAAAUAUUUAUGCCUGCAAAACUCACAAACUAAUAUAAUUUAGGUAUCUGUGAUGUUAAGUACUUAGCCUUUAAUUUUUACCAAUUUUGUAUGAUCUAGGGUAUCAGAAACAUAUCCAUUGAGCAUGCUUUAGCAGCUGUAUCUGCUGACCAAGCAACUGCAAGAACUGUGACAAUGAGAGAAGUAGGUUCUUUGUUCAAUAGUAUCACCUUUUUUCAUUAUAAAUUUAAUGAAAUUAAUUAUAAGGAAGAUUGUAUUAACUCCUCACAACUUGUUCCUUUUUUUCUCAGAUUGCUUGGGUUUACAGUGAUAGCUUAUUACUAGUGUCUAGGGAAGAUUUCGUCCUUGUACUAGCCAGGGCACAAGCUCUCUUUAUUACCGCAUCGUUUUAUUCUGCUGGCCAAGGUUUUUACCUAACAAGGUCAGUUGGCUUUCAAAUAUUUUACAUAAAAACUACUUGUAUGUUUGUAAUUUAGGUUUUGUCACCCUCAAGAGAGGGCAGAAUCCUUGUGACUAGCACUUUUCAUAUGACAAAUGCUGACAAAACAUAUAGACCAUUUUGACAUAAAUUACAUUUACAAUCAUUUGCCGCAUAAAGUGGCAAUGGUUUUCAUAAAGCACCAUUUCUGAGUUGAAAAUUUUUAUCGUGAAAUGAAAGUGCAAUUUUAAUUUCAUUUCCAGCCUUGGUGAUGUUAAAAUUGAUGACGUAAGCGAAAUGGUAUCAGAUGCAGGAAGAGCUUAUGAUGUAGAGCAGUGUAACUGCGGAGAUGGUUAUACCGGUUUGUCGUGUGAGGUACGGUAAUAAUGAUUACAUUGCUCAGACUAGUUUUCAGUUAGUAGUACGAGGAAGCUUUCUCAAGCUUUCUCUUAAGAGUCUUCCUUGUUUGUCCAGUUAUUUACUGAACCAUAAUGUAUCAUCUUUGCCCCAUCAUAAGUGAUUACAGUACUUGUUUACAAUAUUUUAUACUAAUUUUCAGCGAUGUGCCAGAGGGUAUCACAGAGUGAAUGUGUCAGAUGACAUGUUUCUUGGGAAGUGCGAGCCUUGUAACUGUAACGGACACACAGAAGACUGCGAUCCAGCCACUGGACAGUGCUUGGUAAGGAAUCAGUUUUCUCUCCAUUUAAGUUUAUAUUAGUUUUUUUAUACUGAUAGAGCAAUUUUCAAUGGAGUGGCAAAAGUAAUUUGCGAUAUCUUUGUUUUUGCUUCACUACGCUCAGUGAUUGGUCCAGAAAACUUGUGUCGCUCUUUCAACCAAUCAGAUGCAAAACUAAAACCAAUCACGACUUGGUCGCCUGCAUUUUCCCGCGCAGUUCUCAUUGGCUCUUAAACAUAUUUUCCUCUCUUCCGAUUGGCCGUCGUUAUUAAUUUGUAAAAGCACUCUAUUUCUUAGACUUGAUUGGCAAACAAUGAGAUUUUUUUUACAGCAUAGAUUUUUGAAGAUGUAGCUUCCUUUUUUUCUAGUGACAACAGUUAUGCCUUUCUAAAAGAAUGAGUUAUUCGUCAAACUUUCCGUAUUCUGGGUAUCAAGUUUAGUCACUGAUAGUUAAAAAAGCAUAGUUCUAUUUCAACAUGAAAAAUUUCGCGAGUACACCAUUAAAGGGCUUUGUACAUGUUUUGUUUCAUCAGAACUGUGCUCAUAAUACCACUGGUUUUCACUGCGAGAUCUGCCUGGAUGGUUUCUAUGGUAACGCUACUCAUGGAACUCCUGGUGACUGCAAGAAAUGUCCCUGUGAGGAACCACGGACAACCACGUGAGUAUAGAUUAGUUUAAAGUACAUGAUAAUGUUGGGAAGUAAAGUGAAUUGUACUCUGAGAAGAAGAGGGGAACCAAGAUGGUUGUUUGUAACGCCAAAAGCGAUAUUACCUGCAAGUUUUGUUAGUAUGGUCAAAGUUUUAAAUGUCUAGGGGCUUAGGUAAUGGGGAAUCUGAGGAAUUGGCGUGGCAUUGAUAUCGGAUACGAGCCUGCUGAUACACAAGGUAGAGCAGCGGUGUAAGCCAUCUCACGCAAGGGCGGCGGAAAUUUGUAGGACUCCCCUCUCUCCCCCCUUGAAAAAACCUGACGCUAUGCCCCUGACGCAUACCGCCCUACACCGAAAAACGAACGAAAAAAAAAGAAGGGCAGUUUCAUUCCGUUAGGCCACGGUGCUCUUCACCUUGUCUUGCACGUGUAACAGACCUGAGUUAUUGCAGCUAAGUUUUCUCUUUCAUUUUUUCUCUCUUUUUUAUCUUUUUUUCAGUGCUCUGUGCAAAGCUGGAGCUGAUGGUCAACCGGAGUGCCUCAACUGCUCUGAGGGAUACAAGGGAGACAUUUGUGGAAGGUAAGGCUUUGUCGAACUUUCAGAUAAACUCGUGAAUGGAAGAAAUGGAUGGAGCAUCGUUUCUUGAAUCUCAUUUCUGUCUUGUUACAGUUGUCAGCUAGGGUUCUUUGGCGAACCACUCAUGCCGGGAGGAAACUGUUCAAGAUGCCAGUGUAACAAUAAUUCAGAUGUGUGUAACACAACAACUGGAGAGUGUUUGAACUGUCAGUAUAACACGACUGGAUUUCACUGUGAACGCUGUGAGAAUGGAACAUGGGGAAACGCUACCGCACAGCAGUGUCAAGGUCCUUGAAAAACGUGUUUCUUAUUUGAAUGGCAGGAUAUUAUUAGAUAAUAAGUUGAUGUGAGAGGUGUCUACCGCAAACUGCUCCAUGAUGUGUAUUUAUUCCAUAAUAAGUCAUUGCGCUUAUACACACAAAUUCAAACCUGUUUGAAUUUAUGCCACAGCCACACGAAUUCAUUUACGACUGCAACUUGUCCCGCAUUGUGUCGCGAAAACAUUCCCCCUUGUUUUUUCUGACUUUGAGGCUCCAGUUGUGUACACUUGACGGUGAAAUAAUUUAUUAGCACAGGGGUAUGAAUGUGAAUUUAAUCAGAGUUAGAUUUUGACGUACGGAUUUAAUAAGAAAUCUAGCCCAGCUAUUUUUACUUCUGAGUGUCUGCUCAAUGCGAGUGCCAACUAAAAUCGAGCUUUUUAUUCAGAAACAGUGUAGGGCAAAAUGAUAAGGAUGAAAUUUAUAAUAAUUUUAUUAAUAAUUUUAACGACUUUGAUUUUCAGCUUGUGUCUGUGAUGGUGUUGGAGCUUAUCAUAACGUUUGUAAUCACGUAACCGGGCAAUGUGAAUGUAAACCGCAUGUAACAGGACUAAACUGCUCCAGAUGCGAGGUAAUCAAUACAUUGUAGCUCUGAGAAAGUAGUUAGCUCUUUAACAAGAUUCUAUAAUUUAUCGAAAAGUCUGGAAAAGUUUUAUCAAAACACAAUUAUUAAUAUGUACGGCUGUGUACUUUUAGAAAUCCGUUCAAGUCUUUCCGACGUCUUUUGCUUUUGAAAAAGAAGAAAGUUUUAUCUAACGUGUAUGGUGAUCAUGCGAGUGUGGAGGGUCCCAGAAAUGACUGUUUUCGGUGGCAGUGACUCACGGUUUGACCAGCAGUCAUCAUUUUAGUUAAGUUAGGAUUGUUUAGUGGUUGAAUACCAUAACUCACUUCGUGAAAACUGGGUGGUCUGUGAUGCCGUGUUACGUUUCUGGCGGUCGGACUUGGUCACUGAGUAUCAGUGGUGAACUAGUGAAGUCGUAACUGUUUAUCUAUCUUUAACUACGGUUGACAUGAAUUCAAACCACUGCAACUGUGUCAGCUCUUGAGGGUAUGGAGCUUGCAUUUACUCCUUAACUUCCAGGAGCGAGAAACAAGUAAUUUCUCCUUAAAGUAUAAACAUUUUUAGAGCAGAAAGCGAUAAGAGGAUAGAUUUCAAGUAGAGGAAUUUUUUGACUUAAAACCAAAUUCUCAAAGCAAAAAAUAAGAAUUGUAAAAAGGACAGUUAGGAAAAUUGAUAUUGAAAUCUUGGCUAUGAAAGAGUAGAACAGUGCUUGUAAACGUGGAUAGUGUUCGCAAUUAAUUUAUGAUGGAUUUCUUGUUAUGUUUGUAGCCCUACAGCUAUAACUUUACUUCAGGCGGAUGCACACCUUGCGAAUGUAACAAAUUUGGAUCUAGCUCUCUUCAGUGUAAUGAAUCAGGAAUCUGUCAGUGUAAGAACCACACCCUUGGUGACAAGUGUGACCUGUGUGAGUGGGGGUAUUUUGGACUUCCUAACGCCACGUGUCAAGGUAAUGAUCAUGCUACGUGUCAUCAAGUAAAUAUGAAGGGAUUGUUAUUUGUUAAUAGAAAAAAGAAACUAAACAGUCAAGUAUUAUAUCUUCAUUAGAUCUUGUGGCUCCGGGUGUUUUGAUAAUAAUUGUAGGAGCUAUUUCGCCUUGCGAAGAGUUCUUUUUUAGCUGUGCUAAUCUAACUUUAAGUUAAAGAAAGUACAGCAUAAUAGUUCAAUUAAAUAAAAAAGACGGAAGAGGUAAUUCUAAAACAUAAAAGGUUUGCUAAGGAUGGACGAGAUUAAAACAGAUUGCAAAUCAAAAACUUGAAAAACUCAGUCGGAAGUUACGAGAUGUAGAAACAUAACAUGGUUCCUUCAAAUAAGGAGCAAGGAAUUCAUGUGUUUUCAUUUUAUUUGUUUGCUUUGUUUUUGUUUUAUUUUCUAUAAUUAUAUCUUCUUGAUGGAUUCAUCAGGUGGCAGUUUAUUCAAAGAUUGUUAUUUACUGAUGGUGUGUUCUUUCUUCAAGACGAGCAAUCCAAAAGUUCUAACAAUAUUUCGCACCUCUUUUUCAGAUUGUAACUGCAAUGACACUGGCUCAGACAAUCACACGCGAUGUGACCGCACAACAGGCCAGUGUUACUGUAAACCCGGCGUAACAAGUAGAGUGUGUGACCAAUGCAUGGUACAACAUACGAACUUCUCAGGAGAUGGCUGUGACCGUGAGUACAGUUUCAUCGUUGUAAUAAAAUUUCAGAAAACCAAGUCAAUAAUUUACUUAAAGGAUAAGUUCUACAAGCCUUGCCAGUAAAAAAUGAUGAUGAAAAAGAUGCCUUUCUUACAGAUCAAAUUGUAAUCACAAGCUGGGUUACCAUAAGAUAUAAGUAGUCGAUGUUUUCUACAAGGCUAAUAUAACAACCGAGGAUUUCGUUCUGUUUACAGCAUGUCCACGUUGCACCAGACUUGGUUUACAAGGGGAUCUUAACACAACUCUAACAAUCUUGAAAGAUGCUCAACAGAAAGCUGAUACGGUUUCUAACUUAAAAAAGUUGUGGCCCGAGCUAGAGGAAGUCGAGGGUCUUAUCGCUGAAGCAAAGGUUUGAUUGUUUGUGGAACUUUACAAAGUGCAGUUGAAGGACUCAAAAAUAUAAUAUCACGGAAUUUCAGUGUGUAAAGAGGAUUUCUUCUUUCUGGAAGUCGUGAAAGUACUCCAGUACAUUUUCAGUGCAUCUUCUGGAAACGGGCCAAUCACGACAAUUUGUAAAAAGCCAAUUAGAAGGCAGAACUGAAUUUAUAAAGUCCGACGUUAUCAAUUUCAUCCGAUCGAAUGUCAGCGAAAUCUCAUUUUUUUUGUUUACCGGUGAUGUGUUGACGCCACUAAUUUGUUGGGUAAAUGUGAACACUAAACCUUUGAUCACAAAGUACUUUCGCAUACUUGUGGCUCGCAUGGGUUUUUUGAAUUGGAAUCAUUACGGGGUGGUUGGCUGUUGGAAAAUAAGUGGAAACCAAAGCUGUGUGAAUAGGGUGUCACUCAAAUUUAAAUUGCCAAAGAGUAUACGGGACUUGUAUUGUCGAGUAUGAACAGGCCUUGCUCUGAUUGGAUGUCCUAGUUGCAUCAGAUACACUGUAAAGAAUCGAAUUAUGCAUGUCAACUUUUCAUCAGUGGUCAUGUAAAGAUUGAUUCAGUAACCAAGUAGGCAAUAGUAAAAUCUGCUAUACUCCUGUCCAAACGCUAUUUCACUAGAUCGCUAAUGAGAAUCUAAGGCUGACAAGCAUGCAUAGCAUGUGAAGCUGGUGUUUUUUGUGUGCGUUUUGAAGUGUGGAGCAGUCGAACUACGGAAGGCUUGGAACUGGAAGUUCCGCCGCGUCUAUUUUCAUCGAACGCCUUAACAGCUGCCAGUAACGCCGGCUAAUUGAUAUCCAUUCUGGAAAUUUUACGUGUUUGGAAAUGUCAGUUUGCAUUUACAUUUACACUUAGCCUUAACAUAGAUUCUUUUUUUCGUAGAAAUCUUCAGCUGAAUUUGACAUAUUGGUGAAAGGCCUUCUUCAAAACAUAACUGAACUAGAAAAGAGCACUCCAAACAGAACUGUCGGCGAAUUACAAGACAUGGUAAGAUACUGAAAAUUAAACAAAAAACGAUCUAGCUAUCGCCAUUAGCUUUUCUGUUGCUCCGUUGGUUUGGCAUCCAGUCGUCAAUUCUGAAGGGGUGUCUGAAGUUUAUCUGUUUGUUAACACCUUGAUAUUCAUAGGUGAACGUAAAACAAUGUUUAUGGUCUACACCAACACAAGUUCUGUAGAUUUAGAGAAUUCUAUCGGUGUGAAGGCAAUCGUAGUUCUAAUGGGGGGACUGAGUUCCUUUCCUUCAUCCCGCCAUUAAUACUCUGACAAGAACUGAUUUUAACUGCUCUUAAUAUCCCUUCAGUUGACAAGGACAUCACAAGAAAGCGAAAAUUUGACAUCCAUCGUCUCUCGCGAGUUACUCCAGAUUGAAGAAUUAAAUGCGAAUACUCAGUCUUCGAAAGACAACGUAACAGGUCAGUACAACGCACUAUGCAUAACUUGUGUUAUAAAUUUACAUUAGUGAAAUUUCGCUGAAGUAGCCAGUGAAUUAUCUACUAUUUAUCUCAGUGUCUGUGGUUAGUGGAGACUACUAGGUAAAUAUUUUCCGAGGAAAUCCCGUGCGCGUUGCCCAGAGGUGAAUAGCAAAAGAUAUUCGGCCUUUAGUGCUAUCCACUGUUGUGCUAAAUCAUGUGACAUACUGGUUUAGCUUGUCACGUUUAUGGUCUUCACUGGUAAUUUUGAACAUGUUCCAUUUCCUUGAACAGUCUUCAUAUACUGAGCUAAAAGCAGAGGCAGACAGUGAGGACAAUGACAUUCGUUACGUAGUUUCUAAAUGGGUAAAUUUUUACAUGGCGUGGAUACUGCUUUAGUAAAUUUUACUGGAAAUUGAUGAAAUUAAAGCAACUAUACUUUGAACUUCUAAGCUGAUGUUAACUACGAUUAAACAACAAGCUUUAUUACCAAAUUUAGAAGUUAAACUUAAUUUACACGCAUAAUAUAUUAAUACAAAAAAGGUAACAUUUACUCAGAAUAACUGAAAAUCUAAUCUAGCUGAGUAAAAGGAAAUAAUGUUUAAAUAUAGGACGUAGGUUGGCACUAAAGCUUGAGCAAAGCAAAUUAUCGGUCAAAAAAAAGAGGACAAAAUAUAAAUAAAUAAAAAUAAGAUAAAGAAAAAAGAAGAAGAAGAAGAGACCAGUUGAAAACUCAUGAACAGUAAGACUGUGAGAUGUUUAAUUUGACUUUGUUUUUAAAUGUUAAGGAAGAUGGAAGAAGAUUAUAGUAAUAGUGGUACAUAAAAAGUGAUUUGUGAAGGAUAACAAGAUCAGUUAAUUUAAGAAUCUCUAAUUCCUUAAAGAGAGGCUCAGAUUGUUCAUCUGGUUUUGAGAAAGUUAUGGUACGUAUAGCUCUCUUUUGAAGAAUUAUUAAAGGUUUAAAUACUUAAGACUGUGUGUGUUUCGCUUACAGCAUUGAAUGGUACUGUUACUGAAAUAUUGGAUCAACUGACCAAGCUGAGAGACCAUGCAGACAGUGUAUUGGGAAGUAUAAGUGGCAUUAUAAAUAAGACGUAUGAGACGGAAAUGCAGCGAGUUGAUGAGGAGGUUCAGUCGGUGGAGUCCGCCCACAGCCUUGCUAUGUCAGCACAGUACAAUGUGACAUCUCAUAAGAACAUGUCAGAAAACCUCAACAAGACCAUGCUGCAGGCUCAAGGAAGCUACUUGAUCUCAAAUGGAAUGUUUGAUCGGAUGAAACCGCAGAUUGUUACAAUCACUGAUAGAACCAACGAAGCUGUUGCUCUUAUGAACCAAACUAAGGUAUGUUCUACUGCGUCAAAUUUUUUGUUUGUGCGAUAGACCUUUCUUUAAAUGUCUCGGCUGAACAUCGAAAGUACCUUAUUCAAGUAUCAAGCUAGUUUUUACCACACAACAGGGUAUUCAAUGAAGCCCCUGACGAAUGGGUGAAACGUCUGCUUUAGAAAGUCUUUACGGUGGCCAAAUUAAUUAUCAACUCAAUUGAUUAAAAACCUUAUUAUCUUGUGAUAACUGCAUUAUCGCAGCACCACAGUUUCUUUAGCAACUUAUCCACUGCACUAAUUUGAUGAACUUUGUCUUACAGAACUUAAUUGAUAAAGCGAGAAACACAACAGAUCAUGCUCUUGAGUUGCUUCAGAUUGUCACUGGAAUUUUAAACAGCAGCAGCCAGUACGUUUCAACUGGUCAUAGCUACUACAAGGUAAUGUCAAAUGUUUGUCACAAGUGACUUGAGUUCUAACAAAGUACGGAAAUAUUGUGCAGCCUGUAUGGCUGGCGGAAGUGUUUGGUCUACAGGUGCAUAAGCCGCGGAGUUGAAUGAAGAGGAAAGUUGAGUAACUGGACUCGCAUGAUGUAAAAGGAAUAUAAUUUAGCUCGCUAUUUAUGGAAGAUGACUUUACAGGCUCUGGAAAGUUUAAAAAGGAACUGUGGUUUUCUUCAGGUGUAAAGAGACGAACUGGUAAACAUAUGAGGACUAAAAAAAAAGAGAAGAAGAGAUAGAAAACACCAAACAAAUUGAUUUGAGAAAGAAUAGACCUUUAGUAAAUCAUGGAUUCUGUGAGUUCUAUAUCGCUGUGUCUUUAGGGAAACUCUUCUUUUGACGAGAUGGUAGAUAAUAUUGUUCCUGCUGAAUACUUUUUAACACUGGCGACAACGUGUGCAUAUAAAAAGUUAGUUGUGGUGAAUAAUUGAUUAUUUACGAUGUUGGACUGUUUUUGCUACAGAAUACAAGUGAUCUUAUCGGUGGUCUACAAGCAGACAUGAAUACACUGGAGAACUCUCUAACAGCUGUGGGUCCAGAGGUGUCUGCUGCAAACCAAAGUGUCCUGGAAAAUGCUACUAAACAUGCAGCUAAUUUGACAGCCUUGGCCAGGGAAAGGCAAAGGUAAGGGAGUGCUGAUACAACUUAGGCUUCUUAAUACCCACUGGUCGAAAAACUCAACGCUGUUUUUCCUAUUUGUUGUAAAAUCAAUGCAGGUUCUAUUACUCAGGCUUCUUAUGGAAAAGCCAAAGUCUUAAAAUUACUCUGCGGUCGUGGCAUAUUUUCCGAAAGGCUAUUUCCGGCGUUUUUGCGUAGGUGUUGAUUAUCAGGCUCCGACAAUCUUAAAAACCGUGCGGCAACUAGGAACGAGAAAAGCAAACAAAGUGCAAUUUUACGUCCUUCCUCAAUGGUCAGAGACUUUAUGGAAAGACUUUAAAGAGGAGCUGGACAUGGCCACAGGUAUGGCAAAGGGUGUUAUUGCCUGUACGCUCGAGUCACAUACAACCGUGCACGACUAUCGCUCAUUUCCAUUUUGGAAGCACAAGUGAAGGCCAAACUUUCAUGUCACCUUCUUUCCCUUCAGCGUGUUUAACAACACUCUUGCGCACGGGGCACGUGCAGUGGAUGCUAUUAAAACAUUCGAAGAAGUAGUUGUGCUGGGAAAUCAGUCACUGGAAACCUCACAGCAAGUGAACAGUUCGCUACAGGAAAUCAUGAACCGAGUGAGUAACUUGAUUGUUACUUCCUGAUCUUCUGCUUUAUAUGAUAUUUCUGGUCAGUCUUUUAAAACAAAUAAACUGUUAUCCUCUUCUUUACUUUCGAGCUGAAAAGCCACAGCGGACAGCAAGUGGUAAAACAAGGGACAGUGAAACUUUUUUACUUGCGCUGCAGAGUGAUAACCAUACCCAUGAUCUAGAUUACGAUGCAUUUUUUUUUAGCCUUAGGAACCACUGAUCGAGAGCUAUAAGACAACGUCCUAGUUACUUCCUCGCGAAGCUACCCUUUAUCAUAGUAGUCUUGGCAGACUUCUCCUCCAUUUCCCAAUUGUAGUUAUGAAUUUCUGUUACGUCUCUGUGAACUCUCUCUCAUUUAUUGUUUUUUUAUUAUUAUCAUUAUCAUGAUCAUCAUCUUUACAUUACCAUCGUCAUCAUCAUCAUUUUUAUCAGUAGAAGCAGAGUCAUUUUAUUUCUUAUUUUUGUGUAUCACUGACCGUUUAAUUUUAAUUUUAUUUUCUAUUUUUUUUCCUCCAGCUCGAGAACCUCACUGUAGUAAGCUCUGACCUUCAAACACGAGUUGCUUCCUCUCGAGAUAAGAGUGAAACUCUCUUGAACGAAACUUUAGACAGAGAUAUAAACUUACCAGGUAAACAUCUUACUCAAAUGCUUGCCAGCCAGUUGUGCACUAUUUUGUUAUUUAUUUGAAUCAACUUUUGUAAGUGCGUCAAAAGCCCUACAUCGGGGUCGGAAAUUAUGUUCUAACGUGGGACAAGAGUAGGUGAGAUAAGUAAUUGUGUUACAUUAUUUUCCCUUCUUCAGUAUUAAUCCUUAUUUUUAACUCGUGAAUUGCGCGCAUGCGCAAGAGCGAGUUAUAGAUACGAUGUGGGGAAUGGCAUUCGCUCGCUCGCUCGCUCGCUCGCUCGCUCGCUCGAUUGGUCGAUUCCUGUAAACUUUUUUUAGAUUUUAGGCUUUUGAGUGCAUUUUAUAGUUUUUGGCGAGCAAUAAACAGACGAAAUGGCGACCUUUGUUGCUAAGAAUAGUGGUGGGGUGAAAAAGAAGCCAAUGGUAAUCUUAAAAGAGUUUUUUUUUUUCGUUUUAGUUUCAACAAGCGGCGCCAGCGACUGGCAGGCAUGCAAGGAUUCACAAUGAAAUAACAGAACAACCUUCGUUUUUCAUAAAAUUGUAAUUUACAAUCCUUGAACUUGAAAACAAUCCGAAGAUUCAUUGAAAAUAUCACUUACUGCGAAGCGCUCGGAGUUUACAGAUGUUCAAAAGCUUUUUCUGUUAUAGCGUGAGGUUGAGGACAAAAUUGAUCAUUACGUUUCGUCGCGUGUGUUUUUCCUGUGUGAAGCAACAGAAGAUGCCGGCAACUGACGAAAUAACAAGUUAACACGAAAAUCAGAUAACACCUAAACAAACAAUUUUAGCUACCGAUUUUCAGUGAAUUUUGAAAGAACAAUUUUCUUUUAAGUUUCAAGACAAUUUGAAGAUUCAACAUACAUACAACGUACUAAAAUGCGAAAGUUACACACCACAAAAUUGAUAAAUAGGCCUGAAAUGAAAUUCUAUCUUGUUAUUGAUCAUACGUUGCCUAGCACGUGACUUAAAUCUACCCAGGCGGAGAUCCAAAAUGACGGUGGCAGGCUUGGCUUAGUUAUAUCACUCAAAACUCGUUCCCGUUUUUCUCAUUUGAUAAAGAGGGAAUCGUUAAUGUUUUCAUUAAGACAGUAUUGCCUUGAUUUUCUAAUAUUUACAACGAAAGACAGUAAAUUUCACUUUUCACCCACAUUUACUUCCAACCUUUUCUUUUGAACCAGAAACAAAAAUGAUAGACGUUUAAAACACAUGACAUCAUCCACCUUGUCAAAUGUAAUAGCAUGAUCAUUUCAAUUGUAAUGCCUUCUUAUCCCAACGUUACUUUGUUUCUUUGCUACAUUAGCGAACACUGAACUACUGCUCGUACUCUAGAUAUGACAAUCAACCACAAAAUUCCCUAAACCAGAUAACAUUAAACAUAAUCUAAAAAAUCAUGUGUCAAUUCACGAGUUUGCUCACAGAGCACUUUGAUUUGGUAUCUACGUUUGUUUGGUUUUUUGUUCGUUUAUUUUUUUCCAACAGAUUUCUCUUCGUGUUAGAGAGGAAUUCGCGUUUUCCUUAUAAGAAGGUAACACUUUUAUCUUUUCCUUUCAGGACUACGUGCGAAUGUGACAUCAUCAAACCGGACAUACAUGAAUGCUGUAAUGACUGGGGAGUCAGUUGAUGCUCAGUAUAGUUCGCUGCUAUCCAGCCGAGACUUACUGAUGCAGGCUGCUGAAGUAGGAAGCAAUUCUCACUCUAUCGUUUCUGAUUCCAAGAGUGCCACCGAUAAUUUCGAAGAGGCGAUGUAUCGUUCUAAUCCAGUUAAUGAUGGCGUACCAGCCCUAUUGAAUCAAGUGGAUAGACUCGAGGAAAGGAUGCAGUCAAUUAAUCAGUCAGGGGAGAGAGCUGCUGUGCUGAUGAACCAGGCAUUUGAUAAUGGUAAGCCUGUGGUUUAUGUGAUCAGUGGUAGGUCUGUACUUCUUGAAAAUUCUCAAGACAUGAUUUUCCAUUUCUUACUUUCCUGCUUUAUAAGUUAAAAUUUGAUCCAAAAUGACUGCAGAGAGCAAGAGAGCUCUUGGUGGGGUAGUCUCUUUAACUAAAUGUCACAAUUCACAGUAAAAGAAGUAAACAAAGCAAUUUUCAGUGACUGGAUUGUAAGCUUAUUAUUAGCUUUCGUUUAUGCUGUCCCUGAAAUUAGCAAUAGUCUUUUCCAAAAAUACCCUCAACACCCACUUUUGAUUUCCCUAUCAUGUGCUUUGAAAGUAAGAAUUGUCAUCACGUAACAUUCAGGAGGGAAGCGUUAAUAUCCCAUAGUUGGAACUGAUAGAAAAAGCGUUGCCGUUAAUGUGUUUUUUCUGAUACAGUACAAAAUGCUAGUAAAUCAUUGGACAGUGUGGAUGACACGGUACAGGAAUCCGAUCGUCUCAGGAAUAUAACAGUUUCCUUACAAGCUCAAUUGAAACAAAACAUGACAGCACUGGAUGAAAAGCUCAGGAGAGCGAGAGAAUAUGUCGCCAAGGUAACGCAGAAUGCGCUGUUAACCUGACUAAAAGUUAAUGCAAAUUGUAAUCAGUACAACGAAAAAAAAGGAAAUAUAAGGCACAAUUCUGUUUAACUUUCUUGCUGGGAAAUGGUUGAUUACAGGUUCGAUUGAAGGACUAUUUUCUUUCCUCGGGUAGCUCUUAUUGUUCACUGCGCCCUCGACAAAGGAUAGUAGCAGGGUGCGGCUGUAUUCUGUGACCAUUUCCCAUGCUAUUUAUUACUUGCAUACUGAAAGAAAGCUGUCAGAAACAACCAGAACACAACAAGGUGUAUGUAGCCAGCAAUGAAUAAGAACUCGUAGUAAAGCUGUAGGGCGUACACCUAGUGCGUUGGACCUUUAUUGCGAUUGGAAGUCCUUGAAACUGAAAAUUGUCUUCAGUCGCUUUUACCUCUUAAUGUUUUUUUUGUGAUGAAAUGUUUUUUCGCUUGUGUGUGGGUUUUUUUUUUCGUUCAAGACAAAAAUUCAGCCAGAAGUUGUUGUAAACUGUUCACUUAAUUUUUUCCAACAAUAAGUCUGUAUCUUACUAAUUCUUAUCUACGUUGUAGAUUCGUCUCGCUCUCAAUGUGCAAGGAAGCACGGUUGUGCGUUAUAACCCAACAUCCCGCUUAAUAAACAAGACCACGUACACUGAGAUAAGAAUGGACUUCCGAGCGACACGAGUACAGGGUGCACUGUUUUACUUAUCGGAUGAGUCUAAUAGCGCACUGGCGGUGACUCUAGAGGCCGGGUCCUAUGUUAGGUUCCAGUACACCCUCGGCACAGGACCAAUAACCAUCACCAACUGGGCAGUGCCGGUGAGGCCUGGGCACUGGUACACAGCCUACGCCACCCGGUCAGUAACGUUGUCAGUCAAUUGUUAAUCCUUCCUUCCAAAUGAAACGCUAUUCAACCAAAGAAGGAAAAUCAGUACACUGUAAUUAGUAAACUCUUCUUCCUCGUGUUACAGCAAUAUACAUCUCUAUAAUAACCUUUUCCUCUGAUAUGUUUUCUUAUUAAUAGAUACAAGACGGAUGGGCGUUUAACAGUGACAGACCACAGUAGAAAUUUUAGUCGGACUUACGAGAGCGAUUCGGACACAAUUUCCUCAGUUAUCGACACUGACUUCCGCUUAAAUGAUCUCGUUCACAUUGGAGGUCUUCCGGAUGGAGUCAUGGUAGGUGAAAUGAAAUUCUUGAACGUUUCAUGGAAAUAACUGCGCAGCAACUCUCUGAGUGACCAGCAUCUAAUUUUUCCUCCCAAUAUCACCCCUGAAUCACACAUUAAGGUCAUGAGAAUAAAGGAAAUGAUCACCAACUAAAGAACCUCUUGAUUGUUGAACAAAUUUUUCUUGUCAGUACCUUAGGCGAUGUAUUGGGAACAGAAUGGAGAAUAUGAACACUGAUAUUAGAACGUGAAGGAUUAACAAAAACGGAGCGAGUAGGAAUAUAAGACGAAGAGGGAACUCUCUAACCAUGUGUGUCUAUUCCUUUCAAAAAUUCAAACUAACAUAACAGCGAUCCUUCAUUUAAGACCAAAACUCUUUUCUAAUGCAGGUAAACAAGAGUGAUCGGUACUUUGAUGGCUGUAUCGAUAACGUUGUACUCAAUCAGGAGGCCCUGAAUCUGUGGGAGCCAGUUGAGGUGCAAGGAAAUCGGUCUUUCUGCUCCAGAAGGUAUAACGCUCUUGCGAUUCAGCAGUGCCAGUGUUAGUUAUAUUGGGUUAAAGUAUCAUAGUCGCUGUAUAAACUGCACAAGGCGUCAAGUGCUUUACGCUUGCAGAAAACUUCUACGCUUUCUUUUAAUAGGCCUGCAGUCCAGAUGGAUACUGUUCCAGGAAGCAGCUUCUUCGGUAUACCUGAUGGUCAUUUGAAACAGACGAUGGGAGAGUUCAACAUCACUGGGGAGUCAAAAAUGGAAUUUGAGUUCAGAACAUUCUUUGAAACGGCGUUUUUAGCAGGCGUCUUAAAUGGACAGGUGUGGCAGCUCAUAUGUUUGAUGUACUCUAGAUAACCCCAUUCAGUAUCCAUAAUUUAUUCUCCCUACCUUCCACGACCACUGUAUUUCGUUUUGCGCCUCCAUUGUACAAUGCAGGCAUGUUCUCGGUAAUUCAUCCCAAAAGUGCAUGCUCACCAUCUUAGAUCUGGGAAAGGGUGAGAGGUGAAAGAGAUUUUUGCACUCACUUCCACUGUGAUACAACCCCUAAAUAAAAAAUGGUGGCUUAACGAUUGCAAACAUGUAGCGCUAACUCGCCCCCUAAUAAGAUGCGUCAUAAGCUUGGCGUCUUGUGAUCCUGGUCAUUGUAAAAUCCAUCGGCUUCAAAUAGAAUUAAAAGCUCAACUCGUUUGCUUAACGAUUAUUCUACGUGGGUAAGUCGAUUAUGAGAUGAUGAAUAAUCAACGAGGCGCGUAGCGUCGAGCUGGUAAUAAUAAUAAUCUAAUAUUCGGUAGGCCUGAGUAGAAUAAUGGUUUUAGUUAAAACGCAUACUAAAAAACAUUUGUACCAACUAGCUUUUAUCUGGUUUGGCAAUGACCGGAAGAUAAGUAACUUUUGCUUGACGCAAGUGUUAUCACAACAUGUAAACAACUAAUGUUACGCAUUUAACAAAUAAAAACUGCUCAAUUUUCCGUUACAUACUUUGAAUUAUUUCCGCACAGCCAAACAGAACGUUAGAAAUUCAGUAACCGUGUAGUUUUUACUAAAGGAUGAUAUCCAUGUGAUUUUGUUUGGAGAGGAGGGGGGAGGGGAGGGGGAGCGGAGGGAAGGGGCUGAGAUGACUGCUAUUUUUUUUGGUAUGUGUUAUUAUUCCAUCUCAAGCCUGUGAAUCGCUUUCACUGACCUUUUGUGUGUGUGUGUUUUUGCAGAAUUACGCAUACGGAGUGUACUUAAACGACAGCAGAGUAGUGUUUUUCUUUAAAACAUACAACCGCACGUACACUGUACACAGUAAUAGCAACUCUUACAGCAAUGGCCGCUGGUACAAGGUGCAUGUGGUGCGCGGUCUCAGAAAUACCAGUCUGGCUGUGAGACCUGUUGGUCCGUCUGACAGUGGAGCAGUUGAUCACGUGACAAUAAUGACAAAGACCACUGAGUAUCUUGCGGAUGGACAGGCUCUGUUAUUUGGUGGUAAAGAUCCAAACAGGUCAGCUUCUUUGCAUCCAUAGAUAUUUUACGAAAGCUCCAUUGUCGGAACAUGCAACAAGAACAAAUUAUCUUUACAUUCUCUACAAUAAUACUUGUUGCCUUAAAUGGAAGUAAAUCAAUUUCCUGGUUUUCAUUCCAAUAUUCCGUCAGGCUGCCAUGACGCAUUUUUUUUUCAGUUGUUGGAAAAAUGCUUGUUAAGCCAAGAACUCGUUUACACGCAUCAGUUUCACGUUAGACGCGAUCACCUUCAUUUUCUAUCCUUAUAUAAUGUCCUUCAUAAGAUUUUUAAAAAUUCCUUACAUUCACAAGAUAUCCCUCUAUUCUUUGUAGCGCAAUCAGUGCUCCUGUGGGUUCUCCAUUUGCUGGGGCUCUACGGUAUGUCAACAUCAGUAGCCCUCUUUCUGGGUCCCUGAUGACCCGACCACUCAACAACGCCAAUAUGAAUCUGUCAUUGGAGGGAGUGAGCUUUAAGGGGCUCCUUCCUGUGGUAAGUGAAGUCUACUCUCUUACUAGGAAGACUUUGACUCUUACAUAAUUAUCACAGCAACGUUCGUUCAAUAAUUAUUUGAAAAACGUUUAGGUUAUUAUUUGAAUAAGUUUCAGUUAAGAUCGUCACGCCUUUAAACCAACGGGUCAGGAAAAAAGAUUUGAAGUUACAACUUUGAGGUCACGCAUUGAGUUUGAUCUGAAAAGCGUAAAUCACUACCCGAGCGAUCAAGUCAACCAAUGUCACAGUCGCUUUUAAAUAAACUGUAAUGUAAACUUGAAAGAUAUUUUGUGACUUUUCAUCUUCCAUAACAAGGUUAGUUGAUUGUUUCCUCAAGCAUUUAGUUACUAAGUGGACGAGACUGCCUAAGGGUCAAAAUAAGAAUCCUGAUAACACCUUUAAUGAGUCGGGAAUGAACACCUGGAAUGUUUCUUUUGUUAUAAUCAACUGUUUCAGAACAUAAGAAAAGAGCAUAAAACCACAAACUAACAAGAUUUCCUGCCUGUUUGGCGCGUUUCCUCUUUACCAUCAUAUUCGAGAAAUGAUUAUGAAAUUAAUGGUUUUCUGAGUUUCAAAGUGAAGCCUACAACAGAUACUUCACUACAGAUCCUGCUGAAUGAGACGAAGAAGCAGUUUUGAAGGAAGUGUCUUCCUCUUUGUGUAUUAUGCAUAAUCUAAUCUAAUUUCCUUCUUUUUUUAAGGUGGAAGAAGGUAUUCGUUUCCUUGGUAACAGUUACGCUGCUGUAGAAACUGGCGAAGCACAAAUGAAGUCGCUGGAGAUCUCCUUCAAAACACUCUCCCCCAGUGGUGUUCUUGUUUAUAGUGCGGGUGGAGAGGUAAAGUUGGGUUAUUAUAACGGAUUUACACGGCAUGAAAACUUGACUAGCAGAGAUUAGUAAAAGAAUGGACGAUUUUCGUUUUGAUAAGAUAAAAAUUUACUUUUGAUGGAACGACUUUAGCCAACCUUUCUUUGGCUUCACUCACCAAUGUUUGUGUUUUAGCACCAGGUUCAAAUUUGCAAGGGGAGAUAGAAAGUGGUACUUUGCUUACACUUUUCCGCCCCUAGCUAUUUAUCAGUAAUGUAUACGGAGUUCAUCCUUUUGGUCGGAGCACCUCUCUCUACAUUCGCUUGACUAUCUUUGCAUCCUAGAAACUAAUUUCGUCUACCUGGACAAGAUACAUUCUGAGCAAAUGAACCAAACGUGCAAAAUAUUGUCUAAAUUAUUUGAUAAAAGUGUGCUUUCUAUUAUUGUAGGGUCCAUGGUUCUAUUUGGCUCUUUUCCAUGGCAAUAUUUAUUUAGUGCACGUUACAGAUUUGGAAAAAAUAGUUGCCACCGUAAGCAAGGGCGAGACACUUAAUGAUGGUGCUUAUCAUACUGUGAAAAUCGAAUUUGGACCAGCUGGGUAAGUCAACUGACUGAAUAUUGUCGCAUAUUUUCGUUGCCUAGGGAUAGCUGAGAAUUUGUUUCACAAGGGGAUGGUUGAAUAAAAUGUAGACCUUCUACCUGAGUGCUGAUAGCAGCAGACCAGCUUACAAGUCUUCACUGAAAGGGGAGGGCGUCUGUGCGGGAAGUGCUGAAAGAAUAUUUAUGGCUUGUUGCAAUCACAACUGAGAAUUAUGGAAACUGAUUCCAAAUUGAUACUUUUAAAUCGAUCUGUGAGAACGCACCUUAUCAACUUGAAUGUGUGUUAGCGUGGCGUCAAUACUGCAUUUCGAAUGUGAAAAUAAAAACUAGUUUGUAAAAGUGUGGAAAAAUUGUAAUUGGAAUACAUGAAAGGAAAAUUUUUUUUCUUGGAGCAGCCUUGAAUUAUGGUGAAUAAAUACUAAUUACAAGGUACUUUCCUAAAGCAGCAAAAACUAAGGAGGUAAUUUUAUAACCAAGAAGACUAGAAAGAACUGGGAUUUUUAACAGAUACCGAUUAAAAUGGAAUAUGCCGACCAUGACAAAUUGCGUGUGCGGUCUAUUUAUGCUCUGCCUAAACGUCGACAUACCUAAGUCACACAAAGUGACGUAGUUGAUCAGUUUGGUUUUGUAAAACGUUUUCGUGUUUUUCUAGGAGCAACGUAUAUCUUGAUGGUAACUCCCUCUCAGAAGUCUUUGCUAAAGGGUACGUUAGUCUUAACGGGAGUUUGUGGAUCGGGGGAGUGGAUGACAGGACAAAUAUACCCAGGGAAUUCCCUGUUAUCAACGCGUUCAAAGGCGACAUGAGGAUCUUAAAAGUGAACGGAAAGUAAGUAACAUGAAAAGGAACCCUGGCCAUUCGCUUUCCUCUUUCUAUUUCUCAUUUGCUGCAAGAUUUUUGUCGCUGUUUUUUGUUUUUUUUUCCUUCAACCUUAUUGUGUUUGUUUCUUUUUUCGUUAGAGAUGUUAACAUCUUCUCAGGAAGAAGCCUCGGAGUGUCACUGGCGGGAGUUUCACCUGAACUGAACGUUAUACCUACAGCACUUCCCACUACCCCACCCCCUACCAAGCCACCACCCACUUGUGGUCGCUCACAUCCUCCCUUGCGGAAUUCCUCUCGUGAAGAUGAGGCUCGCUUGGAUGGUUCUGAUUAUAUGGCCUUCCAUGCAAGUGCAGAAGUGCUAAACUUUACAAGAACCCGGUGAGUGCUUUAUUUUCCUCUGAUAUGCCUUUAAGAAACUGAGUGGGAGUUGAAGUAAAGCUAAGUAGACAUUCACACUAGUUGUGACCGACACGUCGUUGCGAGCGUUUAGGAAGCGCAAUGAUUGACAAAUUUGCGACCAGCGCCGGCGUGAAAAAAAUCCAACCUGCAGAAAGGGCGGGAAGGAAAUCCUUACGGCAAUUGCAGGAAAGAAGGUCAUGCCAUAACAGGCGCGGAAAACAAACAGGUGGUGACAGAUGGGGGGCCAAAGCACUAGUCACUGAGAACUUGUUAACUUUGUCAACCACCUCUCGGUUUGUCCAAAAUUAGAAUAUUCAAUCAAAGGCUGCCUUAGCUUGCUGUGCAGAGAUCCUAGAAAGUUGUAUUAAAUAUGGUUGUUUACAGCUUGAUUGUAUGAAAUUGUGGGAUUUUUUCAGUUUCGUGAUCAGUGUGAAAUUCCGUUCCCUUGUUCCAAAUGGAGUGCUACUUUAUGCUGCCAAUGACCUGCAGAUGCCGACUCACUUUAUCAGUUUGGAGCUGGUGAAUGGCCGCUUGGUUUUCAAAUACAACGCGGGCUUUAAAACAGUCAAAGUUCUAAGCACAUUUAACAACUACUCUGAUGGUGGUUAUUUCUACACGGUAAAAAAACACUCUUUCGUGUCGUUAGAUUAACUAGCUUAACAAAGAAGUUAGACAGACUGUUCCCAUGAUCUUACGUGAUAUAUCUGCAGUAAUGCUCAGGAAACAGAAUAUACUCUUAAACUUUCGCUCAGAAACUCUUCGCAUAGGUGAACUUCUCCAAUAAGAAGACAUAAACUCAUUCAAACCCUACAUAUCUAAUCUCUAUUGAACGCUGGCGUGGUAAGUAAGAGGUAAUCGACUAUGGCCCUUACGGGAGACUCGAUUUUAAAUCGCAACUUAAAAUGAGAUAAGCAGGAGUUUAUAUGAACGUAAAAUGUCAUUCUCUCAGUCUUGGCCCAUGUGAAUCUCCAUCAUGUUUAUGCAACUUCCUUACCAAGUAUCUGUAGAAACGAACCCGUUUUAAGACAUGUUCUGGUGGAAUUUACUCAUGUAUUUGAACUAGUCAUUCCUAAGAAUCUUAAAUUGAAAAUCUCAUAAGUGGUCGGAGGAUCAUUAGGUCUCCGUUAAUGCUGUUUUCCCUUGGCGGGGUAGGGACGGGGGUUUUAAGUUUUUUGUACUUAACAUUGUUUUUCUUGAACUCAGGUUCGUCUCCUAAGGAUUAAUCAGUUUGGCGCUAUGCUGGUUGUUUCAAACAAAGAUUAUGGUAAUCAACGUCAAGGAGAUGACAAAGUUCCUCUGGAGAUCAACACUCCGUUCUACUAUGGAGGGGUCCCACGGGGAAUUAACCUUACGCAUUUAGAGGUAAAAACCAUACUUUUCACUUGAUGUCGAUUUUGAAUUGUCUCAUUUGAAAUAAGGAUAAUGACGUCAUAAUUAUUUUUACGGAAAAUUCCGAAGGGUUGCUUAUGAGCGUGUGUUUUUAAAUCAGUCAGCUUGGAGAAAUAAGAUGAUUGUAAAUUUUACUAUUUAUUGUUGUUUGGUCCCUUUCUCCUUGCAGCCAGCUGCAAAUUAGUGAAAUUUAUUCAACCAACAGCUAAAAAUCUACCGAUAUUUUAUCUGUCUCUCUCUUUCUCUACAUCAUGCUAGUGUCAUGGCGUCGGUUUCCUUGGAUGUAUGGGACCUCUUGAAAUUCAAGACGGAAACUUCGAAUCCAAAACCUUCAAUCCUCGGUAUGGACAAACACUUAACGUAAUCUGUCAGUGACAAAAGUCAAGCAGAUGUAUUUUUAGAUGCUCCUAACGCUGGAUUUCGCCAUAAGCUUUGUUUUUUUCAGCUAACUGAUUACAAUAUCGGACUUUUCUCCUUGUUUUUUUAAUUAGUUGAUUCUAUGUUCUGUCCUUGUUCUGCAAGUAUUUACUUUAGGAUUCUGUUUCCCAAACGUAACAAAUUCAUCCUUUAAACUCUGACAGCAGGUUAGCACUAAUUGUGUUGUUUCCCUUUUUGUUUCUUGAAGGACUGAUAGAGACGAAAGGGAUUCUAACUACACCUUCAAAGCCUGCUACAGCGAGAUACAAGCACAAGUUGGUUUCUCUGGUGAUGGUCAUAUUGUAUACGGUAAGGAAAAAAAUUGGACCACCAAGAUUUAUUCUGCUCUUACAAUGUCUGACAGUUUCCUUUCUUUUUUUAGACUCAAACUACUCAUUACCUGAGGAGACAAACAUUGGUAUUAUCUUCCGAACCACCACUCGCUCCGGACUCCUUUUGUCCAUUACCAACAGCUCGGGUCCUGGAUCUGUUACUUUGGAGCAACUUGAAGGACAGGUGAGACACGACGUCAUGUAAUCAACAUCCUGUGUAACUUGUUCCAGGCGGUACACUAGCGGAGAUGCACGCAAGAGCAAAAAAGAUUUUUGAAAAGAUUUGAAGUUUGGAAACAAAUUUAUCAGUUUUGAAGUUAUAAAAUAUGGUUUUGUAUCACUCUUAAAUUUAAACGGGGAAAGUGAAUAAUUAUCUGGUUUUUCGGAAAAUGCACUUUAUAAUUAACAUUUUUGUUAUAACCAAUAUGGUUUGUUUAUCAUUGUCUAUCAUAAAGAUAUUUUCAAUUUGCUUUGAAUUUUAAGGUUAUUUCCUGUGAAAUGUCAUACUCUCUGCCCUCUUUUAAUGAUAAAUGGUUUUCGAAAAAGUAAACAAACGAAAAAAUGUCAACCACUUUAGUUAAUUAACUUUUUACAGCCAGUCAGCCCAUCAGAACAUUUUCUCUUUGCCGAUUUCUUUCUUACCCAAUGGAAUAUGAUUGUUCUUUUGUCUACCCCUGGACCAUUGUCGAUGUCAAUAAAGUUACUAAACGUUCAAUUAUUUUCUUUUUUUUUUAAUCGUAACUUUGCUUUUAUUUUCAGGUUGUUCUCAUUUUCAACAAUGCGCACAACUCGUCCGUGAUCCGAUGGACAGAUCCAUCGAUCCCAGAAGACGGACAAUAUAACGCUUCCUUCCAUCUGUGUGAUAACAAGUUUCAUAGAGUUCUAGUUUCGCGGAAUAAGGGUAUUGUAGAACUCAGAGUGGAUGAUCACGCACCGCUACAAGGUGUGGUACCCUCAGCCUUCACACUCAACCAGGGAAAAUUUCACAUCGGCGGUGUACCAGGUAAAAUCAAAUGGUAGCACUGUGUUUAUCUUCGCGUGUUCCAGAAGUUGUUUUCGAUGUUUUCAGUCAUUUUUUUGGGGUGAAAAUGUCUUUAAGAUCAAAUAACCUUGUAGUAAUAUUGAAGAACAUUAUUUCGGGAUUAAUUUAGUACAUAUUUUCUUUCCACGCACAUUCCAUAGUUAAGUAUUCCAUCCGUAAAAAAAAACAGUGUUGACAAGAUUGAUCCUUUAUUCCCUUUUUGAAACAGAAAAGUUGGGAAAUCUUUCAACAGAAAUUUCGUCAACCCAGUGAGAGACUAUAAACCUUGUUUCCCAGACUUUGCUCCUUCCAACCUAUUAGAGUGAUGGGGAAGGGAAAGGAGAGUAGCCUGGGAACAACCCGGCUCCUAACAGGGAAGCUAAACUGAAGUCACGUCAUUAUGUUUUCAGAUGGUUCUGGUUACCAGACGCACAGCGGUUUGUCUCAUAAAGGAUUCACUGGCUGUGUACAAGGUCUAAAGAUUGACGAGCAGGCGGUUGGCUUGUUAAGGCUGAAUCCCAGCCAACUGCAUAAUGUACAACUCGGCUGCAAUGCUCCAAGACAAGCUUGA